AUGUCGACUAAGUACCUAGCAGUCUCCGUCCCCUCAUCCAUCACUCCCUCCGGCCACAAAGACGAUGCCAUAGCCGCCCUGCAGAAAGCCGUCAAUCCCUCCAACGGGGAUGUCCUGAAAUUCAACCUCCCCGAGUUCAAGAUUGGUACACUCGAUGCUCUACUGCAGCAGUCAGACGAGCUGGCCAAGCUCGAAGGCCUCUGCAAUGCCGUCGUUGGUAAAGUUGGAGAUACACUGAAGAACAUCCUCGACGGGGACGAGGAGAAGAUCGCUUUGCACAAGAAUGUCAAUGAUAAACCUUUAGACCAAUACCUGCGAACAUUUUCUUGGAAUAAAGUCAAGUAUCGGGCAGAUAGGCCGAUUUCAGAGCUCCUUGACCUCUUACAAAAGGAAGUAAAUUCAAUCGACAACGAUGUUCGCUCUAAGUACAAUCAAUACAACUCGCUACGUACCAACCUCCAGGCUCUGCAACGGAAACAGACGGGAAAUCUGUCUACCAAGUCCCUCACCUCCGUCGUCUCCCCUAAAGUCUUGGUCUCAGACUCGGAGCAUCUUGAAACCCACCUGAUCGCUGUUCCCAACAACAGUGUAAAAGACUUUAUGCGCAGCUACGAAACCCUAGCACCCUUUGUGGUCCCCCGGUCGGCGAUCUUUGUCGUCAGCGACGAUGAGUUCUCCCUGUACGCUGCCACGACAUUCAAGAAACACAGUGCCGAAUUCGUCCACAAAGCCCGUGAGAAGAAGUGGGUGCCCCGUGACUAUAAGUUCAAAGAGGGCGGGAGGGAGGAAGAGGCACAGGAGAUUAAGAAGACUGAAGCUGAGGAGAAGCGUGUGUGGGGUGAGACGCUUCGACUUGGUCGGACUGGCUGGAGUGAGGGAGUCAUGUGUCUCGUUCACGUUCUGGUCCUGAGGGUCUUCGUGGAAACAGUCCUGAGGUACGGUUUGCCUUUGGACUAUGUCAGUGUUUUGGUCAAGACAGAUACGAAACGUGAGAAGAAAGCCCUGCAGGGCCUCGACAGCGAGUUCUCAUACCUUGCGGGUAACGCAUUUGGUCGAGACAAGAAAGGUCGGCCGAAGAAGGACGAAGGAAUGAACUCGGCCGAUGCAGUAGCAGCAGGCGGCGAACAGGGCGAUUAUUCUGCCUAUGUGCUCUACCAGAUUGCCGUGGAUUGA